GAUGUAUCUAAAACACGUCUUUCUUACUUUCUGGGUUCCUUUGCUUUCAUCUUCUUAAAAACAAAGUAAUGAUUUUGUUUGUAAACCUCGAUCCGAGGAGACAAACAGCCUCCACUCUCUAGCAUCCAUCCUCUGUUUAUGCGGCAUUUUGCAAACAACACCUUUCGCUGAUUCGUUUCAGGUGAAUUCCCCAAAUCUCGUGCCAACAUGGGGCAAGACAAUCACCACAAGCGCAGCACUAGCGCCGGUUUACCCACCUCCAACGCCCGAGGCCGCGCCACCGGGAUCCCCCGCGGCCGCCAGAUCCAGAAGACCUUCAACAACAUCAAGAUCACUAUGCUAUGCGGCUUUGUCACCAUCCUCGUCCUCCGCGGCACCAUCGGCGUCAAUCUCGGCUCCUCCGAUUCCGACGCCGUCAACCAGAACCUUAUCGAGGAGACCAACCGCAUCCUCGCCGAGAUCCGAUCCGACGCCGACCCCUCCGAUCCCGACGACCAGCAACCCUUCAACCCCAACGCUACCUUCACCCUCGGCCCCAAAAUCAAUAAUUGGGACCAAGAGCGCCAAAAUUGGCUCACUCAAAACCCUGAAUACCCUAAUUCCAUCAGAGGUAAACCUCGCAUCUUGCUCCUCACUGGUUCCCCUCCCAAACCCUGUGAUAACCCUAUUGGAGAUCAUUACCUCUUGAAGUCCAUUAAGAACAAGAUUGAUUACUGUAGAUUACACGGGAUUGAAAUUGUGUACAAUUUGGCUCAUUUGGAUGUGGAACUUGCUGGCUACUGGGCAAAGUUGCCUAUGAUUCGGAGGUUGAUGUUGUCACAUCCCGAGGUUGAGUGGAUUUGGUGGAUGGAUAGUGAUGCUUUUUUUACUGAUAUGGUGUUUGAGCUUCCCAUGUCUAAGUACGAUGCUUAUAAUUUGGUUCUUCAUGGAUACCCUGAUUUGUUGUUUGACCAGAAGUCUUGGAUUGCGGUGAAUACUGGGAGUUUUCUGUUUAGGAACUGCCAGUGGUCUUUGGAUUUGCUUGAUGAAUGGGCUCCCAUGGGUCCCAAGGGGCCGGUUCGCGAGGAGGCCGGCAAGAUCUUGACGGCCAAUCUCAAGGGGAGGCCGGCAUUUGAGGCCGACGAUCAGUCUGCAUUGAUAUACUUGCUGCUGUCCCAGAAGGAGAAGUGGAUGGAUAAGGUGUUUCUUGAGAAUUCGUUCUAUUUGCACGGUUACUGGGCAGGGUUGGUUGAUCGGUAUGAGGAGAUGAUUGAGAAGUAUCACCCCGGUUUGGGUGAUGAGAGAUGGCCGUUUGUGACACAUUUUGUCGGCUGUAAGCCCUGUGGGAGCUAUGGAGAUUAUCCUGUGGAGAGGUGCCUCAGUAGCAUGGAGAGGGCUUACAAUUUUGCUGAUAAUCAGGUGCUUAAGCUCUAUGGUUUCAGGCAUCGUGGUCUGUUGAGCACCAAGAUCAAGAGGAUCAGAAAUGAGACUGUUACUCCUUUGGAGUUUGUAGACCAGUUUGAUAUUCGAAGGCAUUCUACGGAAAGCAAGGGAUUGAAGAGCUAGUAAGAAAUGCUGUUCAAUGGUGGUAUUAUAGACAGAAAUUAUUUAGAAGUGAAAUUUCAUUUGGGGACAGUUCACAUGUAACUUCUGCUUUUUCUGUUGUCUUGGUACUUCUUUUGAGAAUGUUAGGAUAGAAUUCUUUCGUAAUUUAUCUUCUUUCUUAUCAGUUUGAGCAAUCAGCAAACAAAUUUUAUUUACUCAUCUGCUGUAUACUGAGCUACCUUUGUAUUUGGGCUUAUGUGACAUUAAAUCAAUUCACGAACUUAAUAUACUUCCAUGUCCUCUUGA